CGCAUUUGAGCGUCGCUAUCAGUUCCGUUCCUUUCGUGCGUGGUGGUCAGUCGGUCUUCAUCGAUCCCAGGCAUUCAGCACUCGUGCUCAAGUAAAUCUACCGCUGCCCAUUGGAUUUGCUCCAAGGCUCGCAGCCGUCCAGUUUAGCACACAAAGAAAGUCUCGAGGAAUCCUCCUCACCCCCUCAUGGCCAAUCGGCAACCUCCAGGACUCGGAGCGCUGCCGGAAGACGCUCAGUACAGCCAGACGCCUCUAUCAGGUGCCCAGUACCACGAACAGAUCUCGUCUGCGGCGGCCCCAGGCAAAAAGCUGCUGUCCCAGGCGACCAUGGACGUGCAGAAUACCAUCAACGAGCUGACCAAGGCCAAGGACCACGAGGAACUGGGCAAGAUCACGGUGCACGGAUGGAUGCACAAGCAGGGGAGUCGCAAGUUCAAAGGCCCCGUGGCCAAGAGCUGGCGUAAACGCUACUUCGCCCUUGAAGGCGCUAAAAUGUACUAUUUCCACAGCGACGUGGACUGCCGCAAGUACUUUAACUCUCGUAAUGGCGAGCUUGUCGUGGGCGCCGUCGAUCUUCGCGACGCCUUCAAGCUCGAGCAGAGUGAGCGUCUCGAUCUGCCUGCUAGGGGUAUCGUCAUCCACACGCGUCACCGCGCGUGGCUCGUGUGUCCCGAGACGGACCAGGACUUUACUAUGUGGUUCGACGCUCUCGAGUUCACCGUCAUGUCUGCGGGAUCGGGCAAUGUGGUCAAGCGAGACUUGCCCAAUGUCCGCGUGUAUGAGAUGAAGGGUCGCUCCAGCUACCGCUUCUGGUACGUCAUCUUCGUCAUCACGGCGUUGAUUGAGCUGGCGGGUAUCGUGCUCUGGUUCCCUCUGGGUAUCGAGCCCUGCGACGUCAAGUACAAGACGGACACGUGUGAGGAGAUCCAACUGCUCUACGCCGAGACGCUGCAGUGUGGCGGCAAGCCGUUCAAUGGCGUGUGGGACCCCCCGCAAUGGUACCAUUGGUCGGCCGGUAUCGAGACUGUGCAGUGCUUCAAGGAGCCUCACAUCGGCGACUGGGUGUCGUACUUCCUCUUCUACCUGGCAGAAUUUAUCAGCAUUUCCCUCGGUUUCCUCUACUACCUCGGUAUGUGGAAACCCGUUCGUCGUGGUGCUCGUUAUCUGCGGGACUUCGAGCCGCAUUUCCCUCCCGAAAAGUGGCCAACCGUGGAUAUCCUGCUAUGUCACUAUGCUGAGCCAGCUGACGACACCAUCGCUACGUUGGAGAAGAUCAUGAACCUGGACUACCCUCCGCAUCUAUUCCACGUCUGGAUCUGCGACGAUGGCUACUGUAAGGCCAAGUGGGAAGCUGGAGCCACCGUCCCCAAGGUCAGUGUGAACACCGGCGUGAUUGAGGACGCUGGAGACGUUCGUCACGAAGUCGCGCAGUUCAUGUACGACCGUGUGUGCGAGUCGUACGAACUGGAAGUGGACGAGUGGCGUAAGGAGCACACGACCGUCAAGAUGCCCACGAACGCCAACCCGCGUAUCGUGAACCGCUCCGACUGUGCUGUCGGCUCUGUGCGUGACGACUACCACUACCACGGCCUACCCAAGCUGACGUUUGUGGGUCGUAUCAAGCCUCCUGUCCACCACUCGAAGGCCGGUAACAUCAACAACGUGCUGUACAACGAAGGAGCUUGCGGCCGCUACGCGAUCAUUCUGGACAACGACAUGAAGCCGCACGAGAUGUUCAUUCAGGCCACUCUCCCGUUCUUCUUCGACGCCCCGCAGAACUCCAAGAUCACGCGCUGCUGUGCUCCUGGCUGUGGUGACAUCGGUAAGAUCUGCUGUGCGCUGUGUCAGGCUGCAGGUGUGCCGGAGUCACAGAUCAUGUACUGCUCCAAGGACUGCUACAACGCGUCGGGACACGUCAAGUCGAGUGUGCACCGCCGUCAGACACAGAACACCAUGUCGGAGCGAAUGAUGUGUGCGAGCUGUGGCAGCAAGAUCAACCAGAAGAAGGGUCUGUGUCGCAAGUGCAACCGCGCGGUGAGUCGGCGUGACAGCAACCAGUUCGUGGGCGUCUCGGCUGACGACUACUCGGACCACGUCUCGGUGAACCAGGUCGGCUAUGUGCAGACGCCGCAGUACUUUGAGGACUGUCUGCAAUUGCGUCUUGGCGACCCGUGUGGUCACCGUAACUCAACCUUUUUCGAUUCGGCACAGACCGGUAUGGAUGGCUACGACUGCGCCUCGUUCGCUGGUACCAACGCAAUCUUCCGUCGUGAAGCUCUGGACUCGGUGUGUGGUAUCCAAUACGGCUCACUGACGGAAGAUGCUUACACGGGCAAGAUGAUGGUGGACAAGGGCUGGAAGGGUUACUACUUUCGUAAGGAUCUUGAAGGUGAAGAAGCUGAUCGAAUUCGUCUCGCUGAAGGUGCUGUGCCCGAGUCUGUGGCUGCUGCUCUCGCACAGCGUAAACGUUGGGCCAAGGGCAACUUCCAGAUCUUCCUACGUAACAAGAAGAGUCUGGUGGAUCCCGAGUGGGCUACGCCGCAAGUGGAGCUGCCACCAAAGCGCAAGAUCAACAAGUUCAUGAGGUGGGUCUUCUUUAUGAACUUGACGGUGUACCCGAUCGGGUCGUUCCCGGCCAUCUUCUUCUUCUACAUCACGGGCUACUUCCUGUACACGGGUCAAGCCCCGAUCUACACAUCUGGUCUGCGUCUGCUCAUGGCGCUGGUGCCUAAGAUUGUGGCGCAGAGUAUCUUGUCGGCUUUGUCGAACCGUACCGUCGAUAACGAUGACGUGCUGCGUAGCCAGCAGACUUGGUUCUCGUACGCGUUCGUGCACGUCAUGGCUGUGUUCGAGACGAUCUACUGGAAGAUUACAGGCAAGGAGGCUGCGUGGGCCAACACGGGUGCUCUGGGCGGCAACAGCAUCAUGGAACUACCGAAUCUACUGGUGUUCCUGGCGAUGGUUUUCGGUAUGAUGUGGGAUACGGUACGCUACUUUGCAGGAUACAACAACGCGGCUACGACGCACGGUACUCCGCUGUACUUCGCCUCGCUGUUCCUGGGUGGUUUCCUGGCUUCUCAGCUGGGCCCCAUGGUGCGUAUGAGUCUGCAGACGUACUUCGGCUGGAGCCACAAGAGUUUGACGGACCAGGGCAACAUCGUGGGCAGCUUUUCGCUUGCCUUUGUGCUCAUUAUCCUGUGUAUCUGGGUGUACGUUGAGACGCCCAACCACUCCAUCUUUGGGUAAGUUGUUUGCUAGUAGAGAUUGGAGACAAGAAAUUGCUGUCUCCAUGUGAAAAUACGCCUAGCCAGCAACGGUUUUGCAUGCAUUUACAUGGGUUGUUUCAUAUCACACGAACUGUGGAGUAGAGCGUACCACCACAAAGCUUACAUACCGGCGCUCGAGCCAGACUCUGAACAAAUACAGAUCGUGGAUAGUCUGCGUUUUCACAGCUU